CUUCGAUCUCGACUCCGCGGCUACGCCGAGCGGCAGCUGCGCCUGCUCCUCCUCGUCCAUGAGCUUUGCCCGCUAUCCUCACUUUCGAUCUCAUCGCGCGAUUCGUAAUCCCACUGCGCGCCCAAUCCAGGGCGCAGGGUACCACGAAGACAAUGGCAGAGGUGAUACAAAGCCAUCGCAGCCCAAGCGGGAGUGCGUCGGGUGGCAGAAGUAGCUCCUCGAUUCAUCGCAGCGACACUGAUGCCGGCCCCAAGCCUGCAUCGUCACCAUCGACCAGCAGUAGCAACAGCAACGGCAACGGCAACGGCAAUUGCGCAUCGAUGACGCCCUCAUCGUCGAUGGAAGGGAUGGCCGAUCAUCAGAAUACUCCCCGUCGCCCACCUUUGCCCAGCCCAUCCAGUGAGAGACGGCGCCCAGCACUUUCGCACCGUGCAACGUCAUCCUCUUCCUCCUCUCUCAGCCGCGUUUCCACCUCAUCCUCGUCCUCCUCGCUCCGGCACAACUCCCAAAUGCUGCGCACUCUGUCCGACGAGCUUUCGUCUGAUCGCGGCAAUCUCGACGUAGCAAGCGGAUCAACGACGCCUACUGCCUCAACGAAUGCGCUGCCAAUGUCUAGGAGACGGAGCUCCGAUGUGACGGCAGCUGGUCCGAGGGUUGGCUCGGUAUCACCACGUCCACCAAAGAGGAUGAGCAGGACAGCCUCGACCAGAAGCAUCGGGCUGGUCAUUGCCAUGUCGCCUGAUCCGUCGUCAAGCUCUGCGCCGCAGGCUGUCCGAUCCCCGAGCUCGCCGCGAGGACCACCGCCGAGGGAAGCUUUGCCAGAUCCUUACGCGAGCCCAAGUAGCAAGCCCGCAACUCCUACGACGCCUACAGCGCCAGCUUCACAGCCAUCCUCAAGGGCACAUGGAGCAUCCCUUCUCGCGCUUCUGGUAGCCUUCUUUCAGGAUAUCCUCCGGACAUGGUCAAGAAUUGUACACGAGGUCCUAUUGCCCUUCUCCAGCGACUUCCUCGGCAUACCGGCAUCACCUACCAGCAAUUUGGGCAAGACAGCGCAACCUUCGCUGGCUCAGCUCUCGGAAAGGCUCGAGAUAGGGAAGACCAAGCGCUCUUUUGCUGAAAGAUUCAAGUACACGGUUGUCACUUCCUUCCUUCUCACCGCGACCCUCUCCAUUUCGAGAUACGGGAGCGAGGAUCCAGUCGAAGAUCAGGCGACCGCCGAGGAGGAGCGCAGUCUGCUCGCAGCCAGCAUGCCUGUCAGCAGCUCGACUGUGACCGCAGUGAGACACAGUAGGCCGACCCCUCGCCAAUCUUUCGCGACCAUCCUGCGCAACUCCUUUGUCUGGGCCGUUGCCAUUCUCUGGCUCUAUUCUCCAACGACGCAGCAAUGGUUCCGCACCACUCUCCUCCUGUCCUGCAGCGCGUGGACGCUCGCCUUACUACUCAAUGGCAAGAGCAGCUUUGACAAGAAGACUCCACUCCGCUUCGAGCUCGUGCAGCCCUCCAGCAACUGUGUGCCAAGUCCUUCUCUGUCGACAUACCUGCAGGAGAGGACCGCCCAUACUCACCUGCAGGCAGGCGUCAAGCGUCUGGUCAAGACAGCCUGCAGCGCCGACAUCGAGCUUAAUCGCUCCCUCGCCGCCCUCCAAGAGAUCGAGCUUGUGGCACGCGGCUUCAAGGUCGGAGGUCAUCAGCAACAGCCUAUGCCACCCAUUUCACGCAUCGAAGCUGCUUCCGCUACUGCAACAUCCUACCGGCCGGGUCUGAUGUCCGCGCAGUCGCCUGUCAAUGGCAAGAGGUCAGUCAGCUCGAUGAGCGCGGAGAGUGGAGUCAAGCAUGGCAGUGAGCAAGACAGGCAGCAGCAGCAGCGUUCCUCGCUGCCAGUGCAUCGCAUGCUCCAUCUGCGGACCGCGCUGGCCAGAGCGUUCGAGGAGGCCGAACAAGCAAGUAAAGACUUCACCGCUGCUCUGCAGCCAUUGACCGAUCAGGACGAGCUGGCCUUGCUGGGGGAUAUGUAUUCGCUAGAUCGCGUUCAAGAUGAAAGCGAAGGGGACGAGUCGCUCACUGCAGGCUCUGUCAUGGGGAGCAAAAGAGCGCCUGGUCUCGCCUCCCCUCCCCUCCUCAGUUCGGCACGCUUCGCGACAAUGACGCCGACAGGUCAUGGGCCACACAAACGGAACCUCUCCCUCCUUACUGGGGCUUCAGCUCAGCCAACUGGCAUGCCAAACAGCACAGAGUGGGGAGACGACUCCUUCAACUCUCCCCUCAACAACAAGAGGGGAAGCUGGACGAACACGCUGCCACGGAGCUUUGGCUCCACCACUAGCAUGGCCGGGCCGAUGCACCAGCGCAAGGCGAGCAAUAUCGCGCUUGCGCCAAUGAUGCUUGCUGGCGCUGCUUCACCUGCUCAUGCCUCCAAGAGCGCAGCAGUGGGUGACGAGGCACCUCUUUCUGCUUCUUCUUCUUCUUCAGCCUCCGCCUCUGGCAAGCGGUACAGCAAUGACUCUGUCGCAAGUUCCUCUCAGAUGUCUUCGUCUGCAGCAGGUCUUUCUCGGAGUGGCAGCCUGCUCAAGAAUCGCAACGGCGAUGCCAUCUCCUUCGAUCCUCCAAGCUCCAGCGCUGCGACUACCAACAGCCAUCCCCCGAGUGCAGCUGCGGCCGCGAUCCGAUCCACCUCCCCGCCUAUCAAUCCACACUCACCCAACCCGAACAACUUCGCCUCUCCUGGCCGAACAACGACAGCCUCCAAUCCGCCCGCAUCACGCAGCGGAUCCCGCCUUUCCUAUAUCUCUGAAGCCUCGAGCUCAAGUGGACCGAAUGGGAGCCCAGCGGCGAAGAGGUUGAGCUACCAGCAUCAGGCCGGGCUUGAUGGCAUGCAUAUCGCUUCCGCCCUUGGUGGAGAUUCGAGGCCAGGCAGUAGGAUGAGUGUUGGAGGCAUGUCAGCCAGUGGGGUUGGCGUGGAAGGGUCUGACGGUGCGCAGACUCUGCUAAUGGCCGCGCCAAAGCAUUAUCCGGGCUCGCCACCUCUUUCGGCUUCUUUGUCCUCAAUGGGUCCCUCUUCGCCUUUUCACUGGCAGCAGCAACAGGCAAAUCCCUCAAUGUCCAGCCCCUCCGCCGCCUCGACGACGAUUGGGAGGGCAGGCAGUCUGCGUGGUGUACGGCGGGCAUUGUUCACUUCCCCCGGCAUCGGCGCGACUGAAGGUCCCUCAGUCGACGCUACCACCGUCAGCGGGAGUGUGGAUCCGCUCUCGCUUCUCGUGCUUAGAGGCAGCUUCGAGCACUUCCACCUCGUGAGGAGGAGGGCCCUGUGCUUGUUGCUCGCGCUACGCUUCGGGUCGAAGAAGCACCUCGGGGAGGAGGCGGCGAUGCAGGAAUACUGGCGCCAAGUCAGCAAAGCGAUGCACCGCCUGACGCUCAUCCUCGAUGGCAUCCGAACACGAAUGGCAAAGGUCCUCGAUCAGGAGAUGAAUGUCUACCCUCACGGCGAAGACCUCAGCAUCGAGUCUCAGCCGUCUAGCUCUAUUCCAGGGUCACAAGGUCUCCUACCCUUUACUGGGCUCGAUGACCGCAGCGAAGCCCUCAUCUCAUCCCUCCGCUCCAUCCAAGUGAAGAUCCGCGCAUGUAAUGAGGAGUUGCGGAUGGACUCCCCGGCCAUAAGCAGCGGUCUGCACGGUGGUUCCCCCUCUUAUGCAAAUGGUGGAAGCGACGUCGGAGCCUCGGUCUCGCAGCGUAAGGAGAAUGCGGAACGCCUCUGGGACAGCGUGCGGGAGGACCUGCUCGCCAUCACGCAGGAGUGGGAGGGAGGCUGCAAGGUUUUCAAGGCUGAUCGUGCGCGUGCGAAGCACUCAGCUAGCACGACGGGCGCAAUGACAAUCUCGCCCAGCCUGGGCAGCGCGGAUACGAGUACCUUUAGUGGACGACUUGAGAGUCCCCUCGAGGCAGAGGAAGACGAGCGCGACGCCCACAAACACGGUCUCUCCAACGGCAAUGCAGCAAUGCCUCAUGGCCUUGAGCAGAUCUUUGAGUCUAUUGCGGGGAUUGCGGUCAGCCUGCAAGAGGAGAGGGAGGUCGAGAGAAGGGCGCGAAAGAGUGGGAAGAGCGGCACAGGGGGAGACGUGGAGAAGACGAGCCGUGAGGAGAGGAUAGCGAGGGUCAAGGAGCAGCGCAAGGAGUUGGAGCGACGUCGUGAGCUCGGCUUGCCGCUCGAGCUCCCCUCAGAUACCCUUGGAGAGGCAGAUGUGGUGCGGGGGACGAAGCCGCAUGGUGGCGUAGUCACUGAGCUGAAGGACGUCCUGCAGGGGAUCAGGAUCAAGAGGGAGAAGCAGAGGGAUGAAGCCGAAGCUGCGCUUGCAAAGCUAAAUGGCAUGCAAGAAGCGACGCCUCCGUCGUCGAGGACGGCGAUCGCAAAGACGAAUGGAAAAGGAGAGUCAUCGGCUGACUCCGGCUUUUCCAACUUGACUCUCGCUGCCACAAGCACGUCCCAUGGCUCCUCUUCGCACUCCUCGAGCACGGCAGGCAAGCUGUCUUCGACCCUCACUCCCUCUACGAGCAACGGGAGCUUUGCCCCUUCAAUCGCUCAGGAGGCAGAUGGCGAUGACGAGAAGAACAUGGCAGCCAAUAUAGCGGCAGCAGCUGCUGCUGCUCUUGGCGCACGGAGGAGGAUGAGCAGGCACCCUUCCUCCGAUGCGACACUCUCACCGGCAUCAAAGGCGGGAGGAGGGACACGAACAAUCACUUCUUGAUUGAGACCUCUGAACAUUCACUUGCACUUACU